AAUUCUGCAAGUGGUUCUGAUUUACUAUCGCUGUUCUCUAGCUGGUCUAAAACCGCUUUUGACCUAAAGGGACGCUUUUUGGACGCCAUGGACUUUUCUAAGUUUCUAGGCAGAAAGAACAGUCAAAAUGCAGGCAGGGCACAGGACAAAGCACUCGGGACAAAAUGUAUGUGAAAUGGUUUGAUACAGCAAUUACAAAAAAAUGACAGUUUUUAAAAUUUUUUAAUUUGCCGCUGGUUCCGGCACCCGUACAUCACAGGGACCAGAACACGGAAGCCGGAUGCCGGCAUCAGCCAGAGGAGAUGGCCAGGGAUGCUGCAGGAGGGACAUCGCGGGAGAGAAGGACAAGGUAAGUGCUGCAGGGAAUCCCUGAGCAACGCCGCAUGGUAAGCCCGAGUGUACCUCGGGGAUACCGCUUUUGUUACUGAAAU